CAUAUGACAGCGUAGAAAUCUUUAUUGAGGAAAGAACACUGAGGCCUCGAGUUAUGAUGCGUCCUUACAACCGUGUUUCGUGUGCUUUUGUGCUUUUAUUGGUUUGUUUGAUACAGCUUUCCCUUGUACAACUAUGUCUGGGAACUAAAGAAGCAGAAGACAAGUGCCUUCAAUACAGUAACCAGACCUGCAAAGAUUGUAUUGAACAGGAUGGGUGUGCAUUUUGUGAGGGGAGUAGCAAGUGUGUGAAAUUUGAUUCUGUAAAAAGCAUAAUGAAUAAAGCUUGUGGAAGCCAGGAUUGGAAAUACAAGCAAUGUGUGGUAUCUGGCAAAGUCCUGAUCAUUGCCAUUCCAGUGGCAGGGUUUGUGGUACUGGUCGCAUUAGGAUGUUGUAUCUACUGUUGCUGUUGCCGCAAGAAGAAGCUAAGAGGACCUGGCAAAGAAGAAGCAAAGUGGCGUCGUCAGAGGGAGGAAAUAGAGAUUAAACACAAAGAAAGGCGUGAAGAGAGAAAGAAGAAGCAUGAUGAAAUCAGGAAGAAAUAUGGUCUCUACAGAAAAGAUGCAGACUCAGAAGAUGUGGAAGAUGGCCGCUAUCACCGAUUUGACAAUGCAGCUGUGGCAUAAAUAUAAUCCUUGCCUUCUCCUUUUGCUCUUGUAAAAUAGUAGAGUAGUGGUAUAAUGUGGGGUUUUUUUUUAUUUGGGUGCAAUUAUUAAUUUUGAAGUUAAGUAUAAUGCACGAAUUUGUAUGCAUUGUUGCAAAGCAAAAUAUGAAUUCAGAAUUACUGCUUGUAACAUUUAAAUUUAAGUUGAUAGUCCCUCAAAACUUGAUCCUCAGUCUUUAAUUCUCGAUAGGGGAUUCCCUAAAGUUGCUAGGCAUGAGGCUUGAAUAUUAUUUCGAGAUGUUUGAGUCAAGUGUAGAGGUUUUUUUAGAGUUUUAAGGCAAGAAAACAAAAUUAGUUCAGCAUGAUUAAUUUUUCAGACAACCUGAAGCUUCCUACGUUUUUUCCAGUUUCGCAGUAAAGGUUAUGCAUGAGUCAAGACUGUCAACUUACAUUUGAGGGGAAUGUAGUUAGAAAUAAUUUUCUAGGUUCUUAAGAAUUUAUAUCAGUUAGAUGAUGAACUCUCCCUGUUUAGUUUACAGUGUAAAAGAAAAAAGACAUCCUUUUCAUUUUACACAAGCUUUGUCACUUAUAAUUAUUACUAUGUGGUGUUUUAAAUUGAUUAAAUUGAUUAUAAUUAAGAAUUAAUAUUAUUUUUACAGUAACCCUAUUAUGUAGUUAAUACUUAAGCUGGGUAGAUUACUUAUGUGACAUAAAGCAUCCAACUAACUAAUGCCCUGAGUGCUGAAUAUAUAUUUUACAUGCAAGUAGCUGCUUUUUUGGAUGAGAAUAAUAGGGAUGCCUUUAUGGAGUAAUGAUUCUCCUACUAGAAAGAAAGAAAAAAACCUGUUUGAGAUGUAAUCUUUUCCAGGGAACAGGAGUAUUUUAAGCUCAACUUUACACAUCUACUUAUCACCCUAUUGCUAAUAAAAGUGGUCAACAACCACCUUCUCUCUC